AUAUCAACCGCCUCACCAGAAGGAGAAGGAGGAUGAGGAGGGGGGCAGCAGCAGCUAGCCCGUGUGAACAAUCCGUGCGCCAUCGACUGCGUUGGCUUUUGAUUUUAAUUUCCUCCCCGUAGCUCUCGCUUGGCCAGAGAAGCUGCCAUGUUUGCCGUCAGACACGCUCUCCGCCUCGGCUCCAGGCUGUGCAUCUCCGCGGGGGCGAGGAGAGGCUGCGCCGGGGCCGGCGUCCCGGUGGACGACGUGGUCAACGGACUCACCGACGAGCAGAUACAGCUCAGACAUACAGUUCGUAAAUUUAUCGCAGAAAAGCUUGCGCCUCAUGCGGACGAGAUCGACAAGAAGAAUGAAUUUACAGGAAUGCGGGACUUUUGGAAAGACAUGGGGGAGAUGGGACUUCUUGGGAUCACUGCUCCAGUGGAAUAUGGCGGCACAGGGUUGGGCUACCUAGACCAUGUCAUCGUGAUGGAGGAGAUGUCACGCGUGUCUGCAGCCAUUGCUCUCAGUUACGGCGCCCACUCCAACCUGUGUGUCAACCAGAUGGUGCGCCACGCAAAUGAAAAGCAGAAGGAAAAGUACAUGCCAAAGUUGAUGACAGGAGAGCAUGUCGGAGCUCUGGCUAUGAGCGAGCCCAAUUCCGGCUCAGAUGUCGUAUCCAUGAAACUCAAAGCACAGAAAAAAGGGGACUACUAUGUUCUGAAUGGCAACAAGUUCUGGAUCACAAAUGGGCCAGAUGCUGAUGUCCUAAUUGUUUAUGCGAAGACAGAUCCGGAAGCAUAUCAAAGAGGCAUCACAGCUUUCAUUGUUGAAAAGGGAAUGCCGGGAUUCUCCACAGCACAGAAGCUUGACAAACUCGGCAUGAGGGGAUCGAACACCUGCGAGCUGAUCUUUGAAGACUGCAAAGUCCCAGAGGAAAACAUCCUUGGUCCGCUGAACAAGGGUGUUUAUGUGAUGAUGAGCGGCUUAGAUCUGGAGAGGCUGGUGCUUGCAUCUGGACCUAUUGGCAUCAUGCAGGCGGUGGUGGACUUUGCUAUUCCCUACCUACACGUCAGAGAAGCUUUCGGACAGAGGAUCGGCGAAUUUCAGCUGAUGCAAGGCAAGAUGGCCGACAUGUACACCAGACUGAGCUCGUGUCGGCAGUAUGUGUACAACGUCGCCCGGGCUUGUGACAAAGGACAUUUCAGUGCAAUGGAUUGUGCUGGGGUCAUCCUGUAUUGUGCCGAGAACGCCACUCAGGUUGCACUGGAUGGUAUUCAGUGUUUGGGUGGGAACGGCUACAUCAACGACUACCCUGUGGGACGAUUUCUGCGUGAUGCAAAGCUGUAUGAAAUCGGCGCAGGCACAAGUGAAAUUCGCCGGCUCAUCAUUGGACGAGCCUUCAACUCCAUGUUCAAAUAAGGUCAAGUGAGAAAUGGCGAUUGCUGAGGACAGAAUGAAUGGUUCGCCGUGGAUGAACAAGCUACUCUCACGCAGGGCCUUAUACCCAAUGAGCUGUUGCUGUGGUUACCCGGGGAUUUUAAUUCAUAUGCAGUAAACAUGAAAUGGCAGAGUUGACAGGGAUGUUACAACAACAGACAAAUGUAGGUUUAUUGUGUGAAGUGGCCUUGAUGUCAUUUUGUUUUUUUACACUAGGCUGUAGUCUCAGUUGCAGUUAAUUAAUAACUGAAAUGCCAAUAAAACAUUUUCAAUAUUGAACCUUAUAAACAGAUGGUAUCAUAGAUUUUCCUCAAGUGCUGAAAAAAAAUUGUGUGAAUCAGUUUUUUGUUUUUGUUUAUUUUGUUUAUUUAGCCCCCAUCCCCCACAGAUUAUUUUUAUUUGCUCUUGAACACUCCUGCCAGAGCUCAAAAACUGCUGCUGCUGCUGCUGCUGCUGCAGAGAGUGAAGAGGAUUUUGAGUACUGUUAUAUUUAUUAUGUAACAAAAAUGGCAAAUACUGUAGAUACCAUGGGCUCAGUGUCACUCAUGGACACUUUGGCAGGUCACUGUUUCUUGGAUAAAACCUGGGAACACCCAGUAAUGACUGUCUCUAAUUUUAAUAAUCACCACCACAACUGUCCAGUUGAUAUGGAAAAAACAGUCAUGCUUUUACUGUGAUCGCUCACUUUAAAUGUGACUUUUUGUAUGUAACAUAGAUGUAAAUCAAAUCUUUAAAAACCCAGUUUAACAAUAUCAAUGCAAACUGAAAUGCCCCUGAUCAUUUAGUCAGAACAGCUGUAUAGUUUGUAUUAGAAACCUUGCUUGAUCGUUUUUGGGAGCAAACAUAUUCCACUUUUACAUUUAGUAAAUCAAUCCUGCUGGAUACUCUAAGACUUGUCCGUCUUCUCUAAGCAACAGUAGCUGUACAGUGUCAAAAUGUAUGAUAUAUAGGUUUUUUCUUUCCAAUAAAUAAAAAUUAAAACCUU